GCCCAAUUGCAACAAGGUCAGCAACAGAUGGGACGCGCGGACGGCAAGCAAAUGCCGCCGCAUGCUAGGGCCUUACACGACUACAUCUCUAAGGAGCAGGGAGAUCUUUCGUUUAAGAAAGGCGAUAUGAUCAUCCUGCAGAAGAAGUUAGACCCGUUUUGGUACCAGGGCGAGUGCUCUGGCCGGACGGGGAUGUUCCCCAUCACUUAUGUACAGGUGAUUGUGCCACUGCCGGUGCCCACGGCGCUUUGUAAAGCUCUCUACGACUUUCGCAUGUCGGCGCCGGACGAGGAAGGAUGCCUUGCUUUCGAUAAAGGCGCGAUAAUAACAGUCCACCGACGCGUGGACGAGAACUGGGCUGAAGGUCGUCUGGAGCAACGCGUGGGCAUCUUCCCCAUCGCCUUCGUGGAGCUAAACCAGCCCGCCAGGCAUCUCAUGAACAGCAGAAAUAAAAUUGCUCCCCUAAACCGUCCCGUGCCCCCGUUGCCAGAACACGCGAGAGCGGGCCACUCCGACCACAGACAUCACACACAG